AUGGGCUGCAGGUCUUGUGAGAAGCCAAAAGUGAACUGCAGAAAAGGAUUGUGGUCUCCGGAGGAGGAUCGGAAGCUGAGAGACUACAUUCUCCGCUACGGCCACGGUUGUUGGAGCGUAGUUCCCGCUAAGGCCGGGUUACAGAGAAAUGGAAAAAGCUGCAGGCUCAGGUGGAUCAAUUACCUGCGACCGGGAGUGAAGCGCGGCACAUUUUCACUGCAGGAAGAAGAAAUUAUCAUGAAGCUUCAUGCCAUGCUGGGAAAUAAAUGGUCUCGAAUAGCUAUGCAUCUACCAGGCCGAACAGACAACGAGGUAAAGAAUCACUGGAACUCCUACCUCAAGAAGAAAGUUCUAAAGAUCGAAGGAUCGACAACUCCGAACUCAGAUAACCAAACUGUAAGGCUAAGACAAUAUAUCGAAGAAACCAAUGGCCAAAUCUCAGCUUCAUUCUCUUCAGAUUUUGUCGAAUCAUCUUCUACUGACUCAAGCCUAACCGCGACAACCAAAGCCGGUAUUUGCUUCUCCGAUGGGCGACCGCAAACAGCUUUUCCUAAAGUUCUUUUCGCAGAUUGGCUUGCUAUGGGCUGCGCUAACAACCAAAUUGUUACAAAUGAAGAGAUGAAUUGCCAAUUAGACGCCAUUUCGAAUGUUACGGUCCAUAGCCAUGAUGACACUUUUUGCCAAAAUUCAACCUCAGAUGCUUCGGAGUUCGUUGAAUCGUCUUCGAUGGACUCGAGCCUAACCAACACUUAUAAUGCUCAUGAUAGCGGCGUUCUAUUUACAGAUUGGGUCUUCACGGACCAUGUCAAUAGCCAAAGUGCACCAAGUGCGAAUGGAGCAAUUGAUAGCCACUUAGACUCGAACUCGAAUGAUCAAAUGCUCACUCCUGGACCAGUUCAAGUUGAUGCGCCAACUACUAUUGACGCGAUUCACGAAUUGGGUGGAUGUGGCAUCUACGCGGAGACCAGGUCGCAGUUCGAGCCUGCAAGUCAGAUCCAAGGAUGCGAGUUCUACGAUCUAUUUUCUUCGGUCGAUGCAUCUUUUGGUAACUUUUGGCAUGAGCCAUGA